AUGCGGGCUUGCCUCUUGGUCAAGUCGGAGGUGCCAAAGAUCAGGACGGUGCAGGAGGUCGCCGACAGGGCGGCCACUGCAGGUUUGGUGCCUUACGGGCUUGCUAACAACGAGGCGGCCUUGUUUAUACAGCACAGCAGCCGUCCGGACUACCGAAAGUUGUUUGCCAUGAUGAAGCGCCACGGAAGUCUCAUCGACCGGCUGUACGCAUUCAGUGACGAGAUGCUCACAGAAGUGUCCACGGGCAAGGCGGUCAUAAUUCAUAUAGAAACCCUUCUGCGAAUUGGGGUGUCCGCAUUCUGCAAGAAUAAACAGGUGGGAGAGUUCUACUUUGCUGAGGAAACAAUAAACACGUGGAGGUUCACCAUCUACAUGAGCGAUAAACUGCCCCAACCUUUGAAACGACGCAUCGACCAGUUGGGGGCCUUUGACAACGUUCGUCACGGCAGCAUCCUGGCAAACCUGAGCACCACGGAUUGCGGGCACAAGACAUUCGCCUACGUCAGAGAUUUCCUCGCGAAGCGUCAGGCCCUCCUUAAGAUCGAGGAUGAGGAAUAUGGCCCAUACACCACGAGCACACGGGGCACUUCCCAAGGAGUGGUCUUGUCUCCAGCCCUUUUCAACAUUGCCAUGAUGCAGCUUCCACAAGAAUUGGCCCAGGUGGAAUGCAUCCAUCACGCACUUUACGCUGAUGACAUAAUUUGGACUACGGAAGGGAGCGUUGGGCAAUUGGAGGACCGCCUCCAGCGAGCCGCCUCCGUCGUCGAUAGCUAUGCUAUCCACUGUGAUCUCCAAUGCGCUCCUGCGAAAUCGGAACUUCUUCACAUCAGAACCAAUCCCAAAGACAACACGAGUUUGCGUCUCUUUCUGAUGGGCGGUCCUAUUAGAGAGGUUGAGGAGAUCUGGAUUCUGCGUCUGGUCAUUCACCACAGACUCAACCCGGAAUCCACUAUCGACAAACUCAAACGCCUAGGCGAACAAGUCGGACGUAUGAUCCACCGCGUUUCCAACAAACUCUGCGGGUUGCGGAGCAGGGACGCCCUUCCGCUCGCCCAUGCCUGCGUCACCAGCAGGAUGCUAUACUCCGUACCCUACCGUCGCACUACAAAGCAACACGAUGAACGCAUCGACGCCAUCAUAAAGAAAGUUACAAAGCGAGCUUUGGACGUUCCGCUGGCUACCUGCAACGCUAAGGUGUUGCCUCUAGGUGUGCUUAACUCCUACCAGGAGUUCAAGGAGGCCAACCUUCUGAAACAAUACACGCGACUCUCUGAGACGGUGUCUGUGCGCCACCUGCUAGACCGCUUGCACAUGCAACACGAGUGCAUUACAGAGGAGACAUGCAGGCUUCCGGAGCUCUGGGUUCCUCCACUCCCGCGCAGCAUGGACACGCAGACCCAUGAAGGCAGACGAAAGGCGCGUGCUCUUGCCCUCGAAUACCAAUAUGAAAAAAAGCAGGGUGUAUACUAUGUUCAUGUGGCAGGGCCGUCGCCCACUGGAUUCUACACGGCUGCCGUAGUUCACCAUGACCAACGACUUAACAGACUUUCCUACCGCUAUUUCAACUCCGCGCAGGCCGAGGAGGUUGCUGGCAGACUAUUGCGAACGCCAUCGCCUUUUCCCGGUCCCUGCUAA